UGGACAGGGUGCUAGAUCCAACGGCUAUGGUGGAGCUGCCGGUGGGCCUACUGGACAAGGCGUUAAACCACCCAAAUCUGGUGUGUCUGCGGCAGAUUUAGGAGGUCCUGGGAAAGGCAAUCAGGGCGGACGUGUUCAGACACAGGAUUUAAAAUAAGCGAAAACCCAAGGAGUUGUCAAAGACGGUGCCAGCAGCUUUGGACCUGCAGUGCCAGGGGUCAAAGGGGCCAAAGGGGGCCUUGGAUCCCCUGUUGCUCCUCCACCACAGGUUGGAAAGGGUCUGGGACCGGCAGCCCCACUCGGAAAGGAGUCCAAAAGCGUCGGUCCCGGAGUUCAGCAGCCAUCCCAAAAGGUCAAAGGUUUUAGUAGUUUGGUCGUAGUCGAGAUGGGAGUCAGGAGACUGGGGCCCCAGGGUUCAGCUAAGAAAGGGGGGGUUCGUCUCGGCCCGUUGGCUCAACCACCACAAGGAGCCCAAAACAGUGAACCCCCAACCACAGAUGGUCAGGGAAGCAAAGGUCUAGGUUCUGUCGCUCAUGAUGGGCGGGGCUCUAAAGAUGAUGUCGCUGUUGGACAAGGUGCAAAAACUCUUACCCCUGUGCAGCAAGAUCUCACAGGCUUCAAAGUAAGCGAGUCCACAUUGCUUGCUGGGAAGAGCGUCCAGUCGAAUAAUAAGGGAUAUGGUCCAGGAGCUGGGGUGCCCACUGGAGCUGGUGCUAAGAAUGGAUAUGGACCAGCAGCUGGGGGUUCCAAUGGUCAGGGAGCCAGAGGAUAUGAUCAAGGAGCGGGUGUGCCUGCUGGAACUGGGGCUAAGAAUGGAGCUGCUCAGACAAAUGGAGGUGGUGCCACAACUGGAUACGGUCCAGGCGCUGGUCUGGGAGCUCCUAAUGGUCAGGGGGCCAAAAACAAUGGAUACGGUCCAGGCGCUGGUCUGGGAGCUCCUAAUGGUCAGGGGGCCAAAAGCAAUGGAUUCGCCAGCCCAAGCGCUCAGAACAGGAAUGGUGCAGAAGCCGGAGGUCCCAGUGAUCAGGGAGUCAAAAGCAACGGCUACGGUGUUGGGGCUGGGAGCUACCCAGGCAACGCUGGCCUUGGCAAUGGAUACGGGGCAGGUCUUGGACAAGGGGUCUACCCACAAGGUGGAGCAGGGGUCUACCCACAAGGUGGAGCAGGGGUCUACCCACAAGGUGGAGCAGGGGUAUACCCACAAGGUGGAGCAGGGGUCUACCCACAAGGUGGAGCAGGGGUCUACCCACAAGGUGGAGCAGGGGUCUACCCACAGGGUGGAGCAGGAAAAUCUACUGGUGCCAGUCUGGGACAAGGGGGCUACCCACAGGGGGUAUACCCACAGGGGGGCUACCCACAAGGUGGAGCAGGGGUAUACCCACAAGGUGGAGCAGGGGUAUACCCACAAGGUGGAGCAGGAAAAUCUACUGGUGCCAGUCUGGGACAGGGGGGCUACCCACAGGGGGUCUACCCACAGGGGGUCUACCCACAGGGUGGAGCAGGAAAACCUACAGGCUAUGGCAACGGCAACGGCUACGGCGCUGGCGGUGCUGGUUAUGGUGCAGGAAAUGCUUACCCAGUGUUGGCUGAUGGUGCUGGGCUGGGAGGCAAAGCAGGGAAGGGUGGAGGCCUUGGAGGCGGAGCCUACGCCGGACAGGGCCAGGGGAUGUCUGGGAAAUACGGGGGCGCUGGUCCAGCUGGUGCUCUGCCUUAUGGAGUACAGCCUGUGGUGCCAGCUGGCCUGGGGGCUGAUGGGAAGUCUGGAGGAUAUGGCGGAGGGCCCUAUGGAGGCGUUCAACCCCUGGGUCUGGGCCCCGACACUGGCUUAGGGGCGCUGGGUGUAAGAAUGGAACCUGCAGGUGGCAAAUAUGGUGGAGGAGUUGGUCAGCUUCCGUACAAUGGUUCUCCAGUCAUUCCUGCUGGACUGGAUGGUGAUGGCGGCUACCCUUACGGCGCACAGCCUCUUAGCACGGGAGGUGACGGCAAAUCUGCCAGCAAAUAUGGGGACGGUGGGGUGGCACUGGGUUCCCAAUCAUAUGGACUGGAGACAGGUGGUGGUGGUGGAGGUGGUGGUGGGAAACCCAAAUGCAAAAAUGGAAAUGGCGGGGGCUAUGGCGGAGUGCAACCAGCAGGUUAUGGUGGACAACUUGGUCAUGUUCAGGGUGCAUAUGGAGGGCAGGGCGGCAAAUAUGGAGGUGGACUGAAUGGAUUCUUUGGAAAUGGAUUGAAAGGUUAAUCCAGUCAUCCAGAGCAACUUUGAGUGAAUAUUUUUCCUUACCAUAAUGUAUUCAUUGUGAUGUCAUUUGUUUUGUUGUGUUGUAUUUUUGUGAUUCCAUGUUCAUUCUGUUUGUCCAUUGUUGUUUGGAUGUUUACAUGUUUGUGGUCUUUGUCUUUUCUAUUGUUGUUGUUGUUGAUGUUUGUUAUUUCUCUUCCCAAUGCCCCCUGCCUGCUUAUUUCUACAGAUUGUGUCACCCCUGUAUAUUUGUGUCUGUAUCAACACUAAAAGUCAAAAGCUCCCAUAACCUGUAUGAUGGCUUCUUCCUCCUUUUCAUGCUAAUAUGUCUGGUUAAGACAAGGGUUUAGGAACUUUGAAUCACCUAUCAAAUAAACACACAG